CUUUGCGCCUUUUAUUUUGCAACUGCUGUAAUUUGAAGCCGAAGUCUAUCGAUUUCAAAAGUUUUGGUAGAUAUCUACCACUAGGAUAUACAUAAUCAUAUUAUACGGUCUGCAGGCUUAUACGUACUUUCAGUAAUGGCGAGAGGAAUUAUUUCUGGAAUGUGCUGGCACAACGUUAUCGGAAAUUCCUUAACCUAUGUUUUGCUGGCUUUAAUUUUUAAUAUAUCGCAUGCAGCAAAACUUUCCAAUAGUAAAUUAUUGCCAACGGAUGGAACAAUGUGCGGACAAACGAAAAUGGGGUUCAAAUUUUCUAAAUCAGAACUGAUAGAUAGAUUUAAAGCUUUGUCCGAUAACACUAAAGAUCCCGUGGAAGUCGUACAGAUUUAUGUGACCGGUCAAAAACUGGAUGCCAUCUGUUUGUACGAUCCGGUAAUGGUGGAAGAGCGAAAGUCAAUAAACGCGGCCAUUACGGAAUUUGAAGACGGAGAACGCGGCAUUAAUAUCUCUGCCAGUCCGGAAGUGAUCAGCUUAGGAAGCUGGUUGCCGUAUUUCGUUCGAGAUAAAGCUGAAGCGUGUGUCACUUCCGUUAAAGCGGAUACGAUGGUAUAUUUUCAAUCAGAAAUCAACAUUGAGGUGAUUGCGCCACUGUCUCAAGCCGGAGCAAAACUUCGUCUGAAUCUGCACUGCGAAAUGCCGGGACCACAAACAAUAAAAACUGAUUUAAAAGUGCACCGAGUAGAUCAUAUUGGAUCAGCCGUUGGAGAAAUCCCUUUUUCCGAACUGAUCCAAAUGAAGUUUGUAAAUCCUUCCGAUCCAACGAUGGCGCUGACCGAAGUCUCACUCGACGAGCCAGUAAGGCUGGUUUUGUGGAAAGUGCGCCAGGAAGAUCGAUCUACGCUGAGAACAUCAGUAAUUCCAAUGCAUUGUGAAUUACAAGGCGAUCAUGACAAAGCGGUGAGAGUGACCUUUGUUCAAAACAGCUGUCAAGUGAAGACACCGGCUGAAAUUAUUACGAAUGUAAUGACCAAAAAGACCGAUGUUGACGGGAUGGAAUUUCGGGAAGUCUUCUGGACCGAUUUUAAAGCCUUUCGCUUUGAUGGCAGUACAGGCUUGGUGGCCAGUUGUACGAUUCGCGUGUGUUCCAAAACCCAUCUUGCUGAUUGUCAGAACCGAAUGGGACAUAAUGGACUGCCAUGUUUUGACGAAGGAAGCAUCCAGGAAAUGAGCGAAUACCCGUCCAUAACCGGCGAAAGUGCCGAUUUACCUGCAGUCGAAGGUCGUGCCAUCGAGCAGCCGAACCCAGAAUUAGAGCUCUUCCGUUUGGCCUAUCCAAGAAAAAUUAUUCCAGCGCCACCGCAGCGGUCUCGACGGAGCGCUUUUGGAGGCGAAAGUGGGGAAUACGUUACCAUUAAGCAACGCUUAAAUGUUGUACCUCAUACGUCGGUGGCUUCUCAAACGCAAUCCAAAGCCCUGGAAAUAUCAGAAGCUAACCUGUUACAUCAACCCACGGGAACGGCCUUCCUGCACAGCGAUUCAGCAAUCAGAAAGCCGGACUACAUGUGUUUUCAGAGUUUCGUCAUUUACACCGUAGCUGGCAUUACCAGCUGGAUUUUCAUUUUUGUAUGCAUUGUGAUUAUAGCUUUAAUACGGUAUAUAAGAAAACAGAGAAAAUCGGAUACGUUCUCUGAUAAGGAAUGCCAAAGGUCCGUCUCGUCCAUUGAUACGGCGGUCUCUUUUGCAGACCGGCAGCCCAUUCGAUUUCGGUAGAACUUUUAACUUUACUGCUUACACAUAAUUAUUCGUUAUGGCAGUUGCGUUAUUCCUUGUUUUAGUUUGUUAUUUGUAUUACUGUAACUUAAGACAUUAUUCUCAUGACAGAACCGAAGUCAGUAUAAAUGCUUCAUCAAUU